AUGCUCAACAAGAGCGACGCGCAGGUCGUCUACGACGAGAGCGGCGCCGCCGUCGGCGUCAGCAGCGGCGGCGAGACCGCCCGCUGCAAGUUCGUGGUGGGCGACCCCUCCUACUUUCCGGGCAAGACGCGCGUCGCCAGCCGGGUGGUGCGGGCCAUCUGCAUCCUUAGCCACCCGGUGCCCAACACCAACAACGCCCACAGCGCCCAGAUCAUCCUGCCGCAGAAGCAGAUCGGGCGCCACUCGGAUAUGUACGUGUUCUGCUGCUCAUACGCGCACAAUGUGGCGGCCAACAACAAGUGGAUCGCGUUCGUGUCCACAACGGUGGAGACCUCCAACCCGGAGGCGGAGCUGGCGCCGGGCCUGGCGCUGCUGGGCCACAUCGACGAGAAGUUUGUCAGCGUCAGCGACGUGCACGUGCCCCUGGAGGACGGCAGCAAGGACAAGGCGUUCAUCAGCUCCGGCUACGACCCCACCACCCACUUUGAGACCACGGUGGAGGACGUGCUGGACAUCUACCGCCGCGUCACGGGCGAGGUGCCCGAUCUGGACACCAAGAACGCCCGCCUGGCGGAGCAGCAGCAGGAGUAG